AUGAAGGAUGUCGGCCUUUGGACAAUUUCCAAAGUCGUUCUGAAUCACUCACAUCCUCGCUGUCUAGACCAGACAGAGAUGCUCAAACAACACAGGGAGCUUAGCAUGUUCGUGCGUCACACCAUUAAAACCAACGAGGAAGCCAAAAUCAGACCGAACAAAACUUACCAAUCAUUUGUGGCAGCAACCAACAGCCACCGUGAACUAAGUUUUAUAGAAAAAGACGUGAGAAAUUACAUCACAAGGGAAGUACGAAAUAUUUCCGAACAAGAUGAUUCCAAAGGAAAGUACCUACUAAGAAUGAAAGAGAAGAACCAAAAUUUCUUCUUUGAGCUCAACCUCGAAGGUGAUCGUUGCAUUAAACAUGCAUUCUGGGCCGACGCAAGAAGCACGGCUGCAUGUGAAUAUUUCGGAGACGUGGUUUCAUUCGACACCACCUACAACAUAAAUAGGUACAAUAUGGUUUUAGGUUCUUUUGUUGGCGUGAAUCAUCACGGUCAAUUAACACUUCUUGAAUGCGCGCUGAUGAAAAAUGAAGACAUCCAAUCAUUUAAAUGGCUAUUCGAGUGUUGCCACCGUUGCAUGAAGGCACCAAAAGGCAUGCUUAACGACCAAUGCGCAUCGAUUCAAACGGCAAUUGAGCUAUGCAUGCCAACAACAAUUCAUCGGUGGUACAUCUGGCACAUCAUGAAGAAGAUCCCACACAAAUUAAACAGGUACAAGCGACACGAAGAAAUCGAACAAAAGAUGAGCCAUGUCGUUUGGAACACGUACACAAAAGAAGCAUUUAACAGAAACUGGAACGAUUUCCUCACAAAGUACGGCCUCGGAGGCAACAAAUGGUUAUCAGAGCUGUAUAAGGAUCAGCAUAUAUGGAUUCCAGUUUAUCUGGAUCACACUUCUGAGUUGGGAUGA